UUUCUCACAUGUGCAUGCUGUCAGUCUGAUGUUAAGAGGACUGACAUGUUUAAAAUAUUAACCAUUGUGUGAUUCAUAGCCGCUGCCGACCAUGGUCUGUGCCUGUGUUGCUAUGGUAACAGCUGUUUGGUUGCUGUAGGCUAGUCAGUAGACUCUUGAGUUUGGCAGCCCACUGAUAUUCUGAUAUAUAAAACUAUCCAAACAUUUCCCGUCUUUCGUCGUUCGCGCAGCACGUACGAUGCCACCGAAAAAGAAAGGCGCAAGUAAAAAGCCUGAAAAGGCGAGGACGCCCACGCUGAUAGAUGGCCUUACCAAGGAAGAGAUGUCCAAGGAGCAGCUGGAAGAGCACAUUGUUCGCCUUCGAGAGGAGUUGGAUAGAGAGAGGGAAGAGAGAAACUACUUUCAGCUAGAGAGGGAUAAGGUCCACACCUUUUGGGAAAUCACGGACAGAAAACUAGAGGAGCUCAAGGCUGAAAAGAAAAACCUGGAUAAGGACAUUGAAGAGGAUGAGCGGCGUCACCGAGUGGAGAUCAAGGUGUAUAAGCAGAAGAUGAAGCACCUCCUGUGUGAACACCAGAACACGAUCUCUGAGCUGAAAGCAGAGGGCUUAGUGUCGACUGAAGCAGCGCAGAAAGAGCAGAAACAAUUAGAGGCAGAGCUCCUUAAGAAAAUGAGGACCAUUGUGGAAGACACACAGGAGCUGAACAGUGAAAAUCUUGUCAAGGAAAUGGAAGCGAAACAUGAAGAAGAAAUGACAACAACAAGGAACAACUUGGAGAGGGAACUCGCAGAAAUUAGAGCCAAGAAUGAUGAAAAGAUACAGCUGGUGCAACAAGAGCUGGACUACAUGAGGAGGAAUGCGAUCAGCGAGAUAGAGCAAGGCUGGAACAGCCACAUCGCCUCUCUUAUAGAAGACCACAACAAAGCCCUCAGCGAUGCUAAUGAAAUUGUUACUCCCACCCAGAAGGAUUAUCACCAAACCACUUCACUCUUGAAUGAAAUCAGUCAAACAAAGCAGAAACUGAGGAAUUUGGAAAAGGAGCUGAUCCCUGUUUUGAAGGAUAACAAAGGUCUUGCUGAACUUAUCUCAAACAUCAAGGAAGAAAAGGCUGCUACUGAGAAGAAAAUGAAAUACUUCUGGGAGACAAAGAAUACCAUUGAAAAGGUCAAAAACAAGGAGCUGCAAAAUCUCAAAAGGGAUCAUGAAAUAUUGGAGCAGAAAUUCAGCAAGCUUCAGGUGGAAAGAGAUGAACUGCACAAGACGUUCACUGAGAAUAUUCAGGAGGUGCAGGAUAAAGCAGAUCAGAAGAACUUGCCACUGGAAAGGAAGCUGCAAGCCCUUGUAGACAACACAGAGAAGACGCAGGCUCAGCUCUGCUCAGUGCUCUCAGCUUCCAACAUGGACCAAACUGCUCUCAGAGAGAUCACAAAUAAAGCUGAGAAAAGCAUUGACUCAGGAAAUGCUGCCAUCAAGAAUUUACAGUACAAGAAGAAUCUGAUUUCCAAGGCCCGUAGGGAUUUGCUGCUGACCAUUGAGUCACUGCAAAGGACGCUUCGUGUUCCUGUGGUGGAGCUUUCUGUAAAUCCCGACGGGAGCAGUCUUUCUGGGAAAAAUCUGAAUCUGGAUCUGGAUUUUGGCCCAACCAUGACAAGCUUUGCAAAGAUUUGAACAUUAAAUCUUCCUCUGUGCAUUUUAUCUUACUACAGUCAGAUUGUUCUUGCAUUUCAAAUGAUUCAACUGUUGAUUUUUUUAGUGAUAAAGGAAUAUGAACAUGAAAUAUUAUGAAAUAUUAUA